UAUAUAGGUCCGGUAAUUAGGAUACUUGAAUAUAUACAUGCAAAUUGUACACCUGCAAUUAGUAUAAGAUGGCGCGCAAAAUAACCAAAAAUAUAUAGUUUAAUGAAAAUUUAACAGUCCACGUGGUCGAAAUUUUAUUUUAUAUUUUAAUUGACGUUAAAGUGAUCAUGCUCAAUUUCUUAAGAGUUUUAAUAUUUAAAUUUGAAUUAUUUAUUAUUAAAUUAAUUUUAAAUUAUUAUAGAAAUAGUUUAAAUAGUAAAAAUAAAAUUAAAAUAGGUACAAAUUCUGUAAAUAGUUAUAUAUUGUCUAAAAUUAAUAGAGAGGUUGUAAAUAUAAAUUAUAGAAUUACUGAGCGAGUUAAAGUUUAUAAAAUUGACAGAAAAAUUGAAGAAAAGAUAAGUGCGGUGAAGUCAAACGAAUUAUUUUAUAAUGCGUGCAAUAAAUUGCAAAUUAAAAAAGAUAGUGAAGGAAAGUUAUCUAUCAAUUUUCCAAUUUCAUAUAAAAAAAAAAAAAUUAAUGCUGGUUAUCGGCUUGAUAAAACUAUAGAUGAUGAACCACCAGAACCAAGAGAAUUAGAAGACGAAAUGGCUAAAGUUGACAAAAAAAAUUUAUCCAGAGAAGAGUAUUACAUAAAAUUAGCAAAAUUACACAUAAAAUACAAUUGUAUUCCUCAAGCAAUUCGUUAUUACACUCUAGCUAUCCGCAGAAGCCCUAAAAAUGAAUCACUUUACUAUUCACGCGCUAAAUUACAGUACGAAAGAGGAAAUAAACGCGCUUACAUCGACGCUUACACAGAACUUACACCAAAACUUGACCCGGAAAAUGACCAAUUGUCCUUGAUCAACUGUGCCAAGAAAUUGUCCAAGCUAUUAAUAUCAGAAAAAAAUCAUUCCGCUGCUCUCGAGGCGAUUGAACCGAUUUUCCAUCACUGCCCACAUUUGCUCACAGAACAAGAAGUUGGUCUAUAUUUACAUAUAUUAUUAAAACUUAAUAAAUAUAAUAAAUGUAUAGACAUUUUAUCUAAAUAUACAUGUAUCAAAAUUGGGUACCAAGUGAUUGACUCAAAGAUUGAAGAAUUAAAUUACAGUGAAAAUACAGUUCCUACUACAGCAAUUAGAUUUUUUAAAAUUCCGCGGAAUACUCACGUUAUUUUAAAAUUUACUUGCAUUAUUUUAUUUAUUGACUUGGGUUAUAUUGAUAAAGUUGAUUGUUAUUUUGACGAAUUAUUAACUUUAGAAAACAUAAAAAUUUAUAGCAAUCAUAUUAUAGAUUUGGUAAAAUCGCUAAUGAGGAAACAAAAGUAUGGCAGAGCUCUUAAAUUUUUGGAAUCGUUGAUAAGCUAUGAAAGAUAUUCUCAGUUAGUGAUAAUGUGGAUUUUGUAUGCUGAGUGUUGCGUUGAAUGUUUUGCUAAUGAAGAGUUUGAUGCUUUGGCUCCUGAUGAAUCGACUGCGGAUCCGAUAGUUCAAUCAAUUUGGCCAAUAGUUAUUGGAAAUUUUUGUAUUGGUGAUAAGUGGAGGAAAUUGGGUUUUAUUUACAGAGAGCAUGGGUUUGAAGAGCAAGCGGUUGUUUGCUUCUCAAAAGCUAUUUCGAUCGAUCCUAAAAAUCCGGAGGUUUAUGAUAAAAUAUCGAAUAUAAGAUAAGAUAUCGAAUGUAUACGCUGAGAAUUUUAUGAUUAUGAUUGUCAUCGGAGAUUUUUAAUUGCACAGUAUAGUAAUUUUAAAAUUUAUCACCAUAAUGCUAUUGAAAACAUUCACAAUAUGAUAACUUUCAUCUGUGAUAGUAAUAGUUAUCAUCGUGUAUUUUAAAAAUUACUCAACAAUGUUUAAAUUAUUUAUUACCAUAUAAAUUUGUUGUUUUCAAAUUAAUUUGUUCAAUUAGUAGUUUUCUUUUUAUAAAUUUGGUUGAAUUAAGUAUUCCAAUUUCCAAUUCUUGGUUGAUAAAAGGGCUGCCAUUUUUAAGCAUUUGCGUGUCAAAAUUGACAACUGCGGUAUAUUUAUAAUUCAUGACUAAUAUAUAUUUUUCCCAUAUGGAAUAUUAACAUUUAAUAAUCAAAUGUAGUAUAAGUAAUUAAUUGUACAAAUAAACUGGUCAAUGCACUGAAAAAUUGAAUAAAAACUAGUUGUCGUAAGAGUGCAAAAUUUUUUGUGCAGUAUGACCAUCGUUCUCAUCGGAGACAAUAAUAGUUACCAUAUUAAUUAAAAUUAUUACGAACGUAGGAUAAUUACUAUUACUUAUUGAUGUAUUAUGAAAUAUAUCAUCAAGUGGUUGUAAUAUUUAUCAUGUGAUGUAAUAACACAGCUAGUUCUUUUGUCAUAAUGAUUAAUGUGUUGAUUAGACAAGAUAAUUGGACGUAGAUAAGCAAUGACAUGUCAACUCACAAGAUAUCGAUCUUUGAGAUUUUUAUACUAAAAGAUUUCUUAGUAACUAAAAAAUUUUUUCGAGUAGUUUAGCGUUGAAAGAAUUUUUUUAAAAUCAGAAAAUCAAAAAAAUUGUUGACAAAGUAAUUAUAUAGGAUAAAACUUUUUGCAAAAUCGAGUUACGUAACUUGAGUUUAAAUACUAAAUUGCAGAGAACCCUUCAUUAAUUAGAAUAAAAAUUGAAGUAACUUGGUACGUUAUUGCAAAAAUACUAAAUAAACUUAUCUUAUUACAAGUUGCAAUUUUUUGGGCAUAAAUUUUUUACGUUUAAAUAUUUCUUUUGUAAUGAUUUCGGCAACACAGUGCCAAGUUACUUCAGAUUAAUUGGAUUUUAUAGCCAAGUAUGAUCAGUAAUUUCGUAAAGCCGAGUCAAGUCUUAUGAACCGUUUUUGAGAAUUAGAUAGACUAUUUUAUACUUCGUAAUACAAAUUUUAAGUUUAUUUUUAAUCGACUUGCUUAUUUUAGAUCCUUAAACUAUUAUAUAUUUUAAGCAAUUAGUAUUCGAAUGAUUUCGAGAUGAAUUUAAUUAAAAAUAGUUUUAAAUAUUUCAACGCAAUUUUCUCAAAAUUGUGUCAUUUUACUUGACAUGUUAUUCCUUAUCUACAUCAAAUUAUUAGCAUUAUGUGUUUCAAGUAUUAACGUAUUGUUGAAGUUCCAAUAAUUAUGUGAAUAAUGUGUGUUGCACAGAAAGGAAAAUUUUACCACGAUAUCAUGAUAACCAUUACCAAAAAUCCACGGCGUAUAAUAACACAAAAUAUAAAAUUUGAUCUCAUGCAUUGCGUUCCAUGACAACUUAAAAUAUUUGCUUUACAAUCAUCCGAUAAAAUUAUUCAUGUCAAUAUAUAACUAAAAUUAAUUACGAUACUAACUAUAGUAGAUUUAAAAAAAAUUAUUUUUAUUUUCAAUAAACAAAUAAAAUGAUAAAAUUUUGAAAAGAAUGCAUGCAAAAAACUUUCGAAAAUUUUAUUUUUCUUACUUAUGGAAUUUUCUAGUCUACUACUUUCAGUGUCAGAAAUAAUUAGAGGCAAUAAUAAUGUUGUAAUAG